CCCAGGGUAUGGGGGUGGGGACCAAGGGUCAUGGGUGGGGAGGUCCAGGAUGCAGGGCAGCCGCCCCACAGAGACUCUGCCCUCAGAGGAGGCCCAGGGUCGCAAGCAGGCCGGGCCUAGCCCCGGGGCCCCGAGGGUGCGGCCUAGAGCAGGACUGUGGUUUCAGAAGCCCUUCCUGCCCACCCCCCUCCCCGCCCUCUGCCCUGAGCUGUCCCCAGUCCCUAGGUGACCUUUCUGGUCAGCCUUGUGCCCCCCAGAUCCUGGGCCUGGCUGGGCUGAGGCGGGGAUUUGGCAGAAGUUUGGGCCCUCCUGUACUCUGUAGUUGGGCAUCGGUGCAGCAGGCUCCUGCUGGGGGGCGGUGGGCAGGAAGCCUGGGGGUCCUGGCUGGGCUGGGCGAGGGGCAGCCCUUGGCCCCCCACCAGGCUCCCGGGCAGGAUGGGCUGCAGGGGUAGGGGCUGGGCUCCCGAUGGAGCUGGGCCGGGUGUUAUGCAGGGGCUGGAGGGGGCGGGAAUGCCCGGCGCCUGUUUCCUGGGCAGCUCGACGGACAUGGAGGUCUUCCAGAAGGUGGAGAAGAUCGGAGAGGGCACCUACGGGGUGGUGUAUAAGGCCAAGAACAAGGAGACUGGGCGGCUUGUGGCCCUCAAGAAGAUCAGGCUGGAUCUCCAAAGAGAGAGACAGAGAGCCGGAGAGAGCGCCCCCAGUGGGGUCUGGUCACACUGCAGUCCCUUCUCUGUAUCCCGGUUCUUCCAGGAUUUGGAGCCUGUACCCACAUGCACCCAGCAGGGAGACGGAGGGAGUCCCGAGUACUGCCAUCAGGGAGAUCUCCCUGCUCAAAGAACUGAAGCACCCCAACAUUGUCCGGCUGCUGGACGUGGUGCACAGUGAGAAGAAGCUCUACCUGGUGUUUGAGUUUCUCAGCCAGGACCUGAAGAAGUACAUGGACUCCACCCCAGCUUCGGAGCUCCCCCUGCACUUGGUCAAGAGCUACCUCUCCCAGCUACUGCAGGGGGUGACCUUCUGCCACUCUCACCGUGUCAUCCACCGGGACCUGAAGCCCCAGAAUCUACUCAUCAAUGACUUGGGAGCCAUCAAGCUGGCUGACUUCGGGCUGGCUCGAGCCUUUGGGGUGCCCCUGCGUACCUACACCCACGAGGUGGUGACGCUGUGGUACCGCGCCCCCGAGAUCCUCCUGGGCAGCAAGUUCUAUUCGACAGCUGUGGAUGUCUGGAGCGUUGGCUGCAUCUUUGCAGAGAUGGUGACUCGCAAAGCCCUGUUUCCCGGUGACUCUGAGAUUGACCAGCUCUUCCGUAUCUUUCGCACCCUGGGAACACCCAGUGAGGCUGUCUGGCCGGGAGUCACCCAGCUGCCCGACUAUAAGGGCAGCUUCCCCAAGUGGACCAGGAAGGGGCUAGAGGAGAUUGUGCCCAGCCUGGAGCCCGAGGGCAGGGACCUCCUCAUGAGGCCUCUCUGGCCCCCCGCCAGUGCGUGCUGGAGCGGCUCUGCCCUUGAGAUUGGCGCCCUCGUCGGGUCCGCUCUGCAGCGGCUGCUACCACUGCCUCCCGCCCACCUCCCAAGACAGCGGACACAUCUGUGGAGAGAGCAGUGCUCUAAGGAUCGGGCCUCUGCCUUAGAGGGCCGAGCAGGGCUUAGUCCUGCCAGCAGGCCAGCUAGUUUCUGAGUUGUUUGUUGCGUUCGGCGGUGUAGAAGCACAGACGUGCCGGGCAUAGGGGUUGUGUUAGAGACCUGGCCCCCAGCCCUGGAAAACGUGCCAAGCUGAGAGAAGGAAGCCUGCCUGGGCUGGGGCAGGUGCUUUGGAACCCUCAGACUGCCCCUGCCUGCAGCUGCAGAGCCACGUCUGAGAGAAGGGUGCCCCCUGCUGGUCUUUUUGGAUUUAAACCGUUUGUGGGCAGAGAGGAGUUCCAGUUCAGAGUCCCAAGUUGAAUGGGAGGGACGGGGGAGGCAUUUUCCUGAUCCCGGGAGGGUGGGGCCGUGUGGCUGUUCUAAGUAGUUGUCACUUCCUCUAAGAUAUACUUAUGUUGGUUUGUUUCUGGCUUGACAAACAGGAAAUAAAUGUGACAUGUUUCUGGCA